GCAAAGAGCAAGAUCUUGUGCCCCUGCUCCUCGGAACACUCCCGCGCUCCCCAGCUCCUUCUAGAUGCAGCACAGCAGCUCUACUUCCUCUCCAGGCACUGCAUUCCCCAGGCGGCGGGGAGAGUUAGGGGGUGUCCCCGGGUUCCUGGGCGUGGAACGCAGUGGCCUCAGAAACUGUCCGUACUCUACCACUCCACUGGCACCCGCCAACACCUCCCUCUCCCUUCCCCCUGGCAGAGCACGCGGGGUGCGGUGCGUGCACCCCGGGCAGUCCCCAAAGCGCGCCUGCUGGAAAGGCGCCAUCCAUCACCUCCCAUUCCAGCGGAUUCUCGCCAGAGCCCAGCCAGGGCCCGCUCCUACAGCCAGCCCCAAAGAUACUUGCGCAGCGAAGCUCUGCCAAAACCCCGCAAGUGGCACCCCGCAAAAACCCCGCACCCCUGCUGCCUGCCCAACUCUCGCCCCACAGCGCAGCCUCCCGGCCUGGCACCUUCCAUCCCGGGCUCCAGUCCCCGCGCCUCCGGUUUCUCCAGCGCCAGCGGUUCUCUCACCCAAGAAGAGGAAACUUCUUUCUGGGCUAAAUUCAGGUCCAGCCAUCUCUGAAAACACCACGGGGGCACUCUGGAUUUUUCCCAAGACCCUACCAGUCCCGCAUGGCUUGCAAAAGACAAGUAAACAAAACACGGACCCGGCAACUUUGGGGUGUCUGUGUGUGUGUGCGUGUGUGUCCGCGCGCGCGCGGGAGACAGAGCAUCGCCCAAGAGUUAGGGCAACAGCUGCUAGAGCACAUCUGGAAGAGGGGGAGGGGGUUCCACGCAGAGGGGACAAGAAGCCCCCACUGGCUUCAGGGCCUAGGGCUGGGCCAGCCUGUAGUUCAUUACCUGUCCUAUGUUGAUGAAUCC